UGGACAUUCUAUUUAAACGUAAAAAUUUAGAUUUUCGACAGAGAGAGAUUAUUAGUAUUUAAAUUUCGCAUGUUGGCAAUAUGAAACUUCUUAUUUCUAAUGUCUUUUAUUUAAUGCCAACGUUACGUUAAUGUUCCACGUUGUAGGAUUGACGAUUGCGUUGCUGUCCUUCCACGUCGCAACCAGCGAUGGUAGCCGGUCCUGUUGUUCCGAGGCAGUGUAGUCGAGUGGUGAUUUAAAGUGAGUGUUUAGAAAGUGGGAUAAAUUGCUUUUUCAUAACAGAAAAAUUAGAUUUAAGGCAACGCAACGAAAUGAAGAAGUUUAGCGUUUUUUUAUUAUUUUUCAUUUCCACGAUUACUUUCACAGUGAACAGAGUUUAUGCUCAGGAAGAUGAAAAUAUAGAUGAUAUUGUGGAUAUUGAAGGGGAAGAUAAUUCUGUAAUAACAGAUGAAGAACCAGAAGAUGAAACAGCCACUGUUUCGUCUGAUGCGGAUACAACUAUAUUGUUUACUAAACCAGUUUAUAAUAGAUUAUCAACGUUAGAAUUACCAGCUGGAAAUUUAGUUGAAUUUCUUAUUGGUUUCACUAAUAAAGGUGAAUCUGAUUUUAUUCUUGAGUCUUUAGAUGCCUCUUUCCGCUAUGCUAUGGACUUCAACUUUUAUAUUCAAAAUUUCUCGACUGUUACAUACAAUAAAAUUGUAAAACCAAAACAUGAAGCAACAUUGGCAUACUCGUUUAUUCCAUCUGAGAAUCUUGCUGGAAGACCUUUUGGUUUGAACAUCAAUUUAAAUUAUAGAGAUGCUAAUGGUAUUAGCUUCAAUGAAGCUGUUUACAAUGAAACUGUACAAAUAAUAGAAUUGGAUGAUGGUCUCGAUGGAGAAACAAUUUUUUUGUAUGUAUUUCUGGCAGCAUGUGUGAUAUUGACACUGGUAGGAGGACAGCAGCUCCUUUCAUCUCUUGGUCGUAAAUCUCGGUCUUCUAAUACUCGCAAAACACCGGUUGAAAUGGGUACAUCCAACCCUAACAAUGUAGAUUACGAUUGGUUGCCAAAAGAGACAUUAAAUAGAAUUAAUAAGUCUCCUAGAACUCCCAGACAGAGUCCUAGGCAACGAAAGGUUAAGAGAACUGAUGAUUAAGUUAUGUUAAUAUACGUAUGUGUGAUUGUUGUGUGUAAAUAAGAAGUAUGAUUUUACAUUUGUAAUAAUUCUUUAGCAACAAAUUCUCACAUUUCCAACCCGUGAUGUAUUAAACUAAGAACUAUCUGUCAGCAUCAUUAUUAUGCAUUUAAAAUAUUGAAAACAAAUGUUUUACAUUAUUUUAUAACAUUUUAAAAUAAAUUUUAUAAUUAAUUCUCGAUGUUGCAUAAUGUUGUUAAAGAGCAAAAGACAACAAAAAUUGAAAAUUAAAAUAUGAAUUUUUCAUAUUAAAUAGUAUUAAAAGUUUUUCACACAUUAUUAGUAUAAACUAUAUGUAUGUAUGAAUGUAUAUACAUUUUAUAAUCAUUGUCAAUUUUGUCAUUGAUUACCAUUUCUAAAUUGCUGUUACACCAAUAAAACAGUUUUGUAUAAAUUGUUUUCAUAUUCUUUGUGUGAUACAAAACUUCAUAACAAUAAUGUAACUACUAAAUAUGAUUUUUAAUAAUGUAUCUAUAUAUUUUUUUCACAAAUAUAAAAUUUUCAGUUUAAACAUAAAUAUAGAGCGAAUUACAUAGAUAUUUAUUUUAAUACAAUUGUAUACAAUCAACAUUAUUAUAUGAAAAACUUAAUAUAAAUAAAUUUCAAGAACGUUUAUUUUUUUCUUCUAAUUUCACGAAAUAUCAUUGUAUUGUAUAUAUAUUUGGUGUGCAUGCGGUUAGAGAUACGAAAAAUUCUAAAAAAAAUUUUGUUACGUUAUUUCUUGCUCUGCACAUGUUUACGAUAUUUUAUUCUCUUCUUUAUACUUUUUUUUUAUCCUUAAAUUUUACUCAAGGUACAAAUGUAAAUUUAAAACUUAAUUUGUAAAAAUUAAACUGAAGCCCUGUGUCUGUUAUACAUUCUAACCUAAUCUACAUGGUGUCGUUGUUUAGUUACUAAAUAAUCCCACGUCAUACCUUGUCAUACUAAGCUGUACUUACGUGCAGAAUCUAGUAUCGCAUCAAUUAUACUGUUAACGCAAAAGUUGCAAAAAAAUGUCGGACGUGAGAAAUUGGUUCAAUUCUUUGCCAAUUUUUACAAGAUAUUGGCUAUUAUGUACAAUAGUUUGUACAUUAGUCGGAAGAUUUGGACUGGUAAGUCCGACCUCGCUGAUACUUAUAAACGAUCGGUUCAUAAACAACUUCGAAAUUUGGAGAGCAGCGACCAGCGUUUUCUUCUACCCUCUCAAUCCUGGCACAGGAUUUCAUUUCUUGAUUAAUUGUUAUUUCUUAUAUAAUUAUUCGCUGAGGUUAGAACUUGGGGAAUAUGACGCCCGACCAGCAGAUUAUUGCUUUUUACUUCUAUUCAACUGGAUAUGCUGUGUUAUCAUAGGUCUUAUCGGUGAAUUCCAUGUUCUUAUGGAUCCUAUGGUACUCAGCAUAUUGUAUGUUUGGUGUCAAUUGAAUAAAGAUGCGAUUGUUAAUUUCUGGUUUGGUACACAAUUUAAGGCAGUGUAUUUACCAUGGGUAUUAUUUGCAUUUAAUCUCAUUAUCUCUAGAGGUGGCAUGAUGGAACUUUUUGGCAUCUUAGUAGGACAUCUUUAUGUGUUUUUGAAAUUUAAAUAUCCCCAAGAAUUUGGUGGAUCUGAAUUUUUGAAUACUCCAAAGAUCCUUGAAUCUUAUUUUCCAUCACAAAGAGGUAAUAUCAGGUGGUUUGAAGCUGUCCCACAAAGAAGACAACGAACUAGAAAUAGAUUUCGCGGUUAUAAUUGGGGACCAGGAUAUGUUUUAGGGGAAUAAAUUGUUAAUCCUAUUAUAAGAAAACAAAUGUUUUUAUAUUAAAGUCUUUUUCAUUGCUGUUUUGAUCUAAUUAGUUUUAUUGAAACAUAUAAAAUAAAACAUACAAAUAAUUAUGAUUUUCCAAUAUGUCUUGAAAAAAUUUAUCAAUAAUAAAUACGCUUAAUACACUGACUCAAAAUAUAGAAUAUAUUUGAAUUGUUUUGAAUUGUCACUAUCUUGAUAAUAAUUAAAAUUCUGUUCAAUUGUCUACUUACAUUUUAUAACUUUUUGAUGUAAUAGUUAAAAAACUUUUAAAUUAUAAUUUCCUUAGUGAUGUAGUUAGCAAAUAAGUUAAUUAUAAAUACAUGGACAUACUUUUAAUUCAAAUAAUAAAAAUGCUAAGAAAAACAAUUUAUAAAAACAUGCAAGAUUUAAAAUAAGAAUAAAUUAUGCAAUUUUAUAUGAAUGAGAAUGAAUAAUUGCAACAUG